UGAUAUUUUGGAAACUAGGAACUCGAGUCUAGUUGUUGUUUAAUUUUCUCGGCAUUUGGCAUAACAGUAAUAGGUUUAACCUUAAAAACUACCAGUUUUAAAAAUUAUUCUCUCUGAGGAUUUAUAAAUCAUGAGAUGAAGUUACUGAGAUGAUACUGAGUUUUGAUCUCUGGAGAUGUUGCGUAACAUAGUAAUGAUGGCGGCCAAUAUCAGUCAAGCUCAAGUGAGCGCAGUUUCUCGAGAGAAAAUCCAGUCGUCGCUGAAGACGGUAUUGGAGAAGAUUUCGGCUGUGUCGUUGAAACGGCCAGAUGUACGUUCUACAAGACGACCUCGUCUUGUAGCUGUAAGUAAAACUAAACCACCAGAGGCCGUUUUAGCAGCAUAUGACUCCGGACAGAAACAUUUUGGGGAAAAUUAUGUUAUGGAAUUGAUAGAGAAAAGCAAUGACGAAGAGAUCUUGGAAAAAUGUAAAGAUAUAAAAUGGCAUUUCAUUGGACAUUUACAAAAAAAUAAAGUAAAUAAGGUCAUUAUGAUUCCAAAUCUGUAUGUUAUAGAAACAGUUGAAUCAGAGAAAAUAGCCCAAUCGUUAAACACAACUUGGUCAAAAUUUAACAAAGAGAGGCAACUAAAGAUCAUGGUACAGGUUAAUACAAGUGGAGAAGAAAAUAAACAUGGCUGCGAUCCCAGUGAGGUCAGUAAAGUUGUUCGUUUUAUAAAAGAAAAAUGUCCAAGUUUAGAGUUUAUUGGUUUGAUGACCAUUGGUUCAUUUGAUCAUGAUUUAUCAAACGGUCCAAAUCCAGAUUUUAAGAAAUUAUUAGAAUGUAGAGAUAAGGUGUGUGAAGAUGUUGGUUUAUCAAGAGAGGAUAUAGAAAUUAGUAUGGGAAUGUCCAACGAUUUUGAACAUGCUAUUGAACUAGGCAGCACAAGUGUUCGUGUAGGGAGUACAAUAUUUGGAGCUCGAUAUUAUCCUAAUAAAACUGCUAAUGGUCCUGUAAAGACUACAGAAAAUGGUCCUGUAAAGACUACAGAAAAUGGUCCUGUAAAGACUACAGAAAAUGGUCCUGUAAAACUUGCAGAUGAUGGUACUGUAAAACCUGAAAAGAAUCUGAGUAUAGGUUUAGAAAAUUUAUCAGUUAAAGAAAAAGAGAAGUCUGAUCAGAGAUAAGAACAAUACUUGACUAAUGUAUUUGAAUCUAUAUAUAUAUAGAUAAGGGAAAACUGUUCCAUGUUGUGUAUUGACUUCUAAAGCAAUUGCUGAACCUACUCCUAAUUCACCUCAAAGAUAUGAGUAAUCCUAUUAUUCUUAAAAAUACUCAUUCAAAAAUGUGGAUUGAUUUUAUAGUAAAUAUUAAUUAGUUUGUUUGAAAGUCUUCAAGUACUUAUUUCAAAUAUUUUUCAUAUUUUUUUUUCUUGGGAUUGAUUGAUCAUGUUUCAAUCUCAGAUUAAGAUAAAAUAACUCAGUGAUUAAUAUUGAUGAGAAUUUUAAAUUAUUGUUUUUUGUAUGAUUGUUAAGAAAUGAAAUUAUUCAAUGAUGAUGUAUAAUAAUAUAUUUUCUAUCUCAGAUCAUUUUGUUUACUUCAAUUUAUUAAGAUUAAGACUGAUCAUUUUCUAAAGAAUUUUAAAACUUAGAACUAUAUUAGUUCAUUAUUUCUCUAGAAAAUUGUGUUUGGAUACAUUCAAGAUAUUUGUUCCCCAAAACAGUAUAUCUUAUAUUUUUUGAUCUACCAAUUAAGCUGCCAUUGUGAUCUUUAGUGUCUUCCUUCACACAUGCAAGAUGAUGAAUGGAUGAACACUAAUUAAAGUUGCCAUACAAUGUGAAAUGUGUGCCCUCAGAUAGCAAUAGCUAAAAUAAUGGUUGAUGGUCUGUAUUUAAGAGAUUUAAUUCAUAUUUGGUUUAUUAUAUUUAGAUUAUAAAAAAGAGACCAAAUUACUCACAUUAAUAAGUACAUUAUCGUAUGACCCUUGACAUUCUUUAUGGAUGAAUUAUUUAAGGAACAUUUAUUAAUUGCUGACUAAGAAUAAAAUAUUACACAAGCAUAUAGAGUAUAAGUAACUUGUAUUCCAUAUAAUUGUGUAAUGUAUUAAUCUUUAUGGGUGUUAACUUUGCUACUUUUGGGUGCAUUUAUUCCAUCUUGAAACCUAUAUUUGUGUGGUGGUGGUUUGUAAGGAUCUUGAUGUAUAUUUGAAAAAUUAAUAGAUUGUGCAAUUAAUGUAAAUGUGUACAAUAGACCUGUAAGUGUAUCUAUUGUACAUGUUUAACUCUUUAACUAUAAAUGGCUGCGGCUUCACAUGUUAUGAAACCCAAUCCCCUAUUGGCUGACAAAUAUGUAAAUGAUAAAAACUAGCCAACCAGGCAGGCUAUUAUAAUCAAACACAAACAUCUGUUGAUAGCAUAAUAUGAAGAGAUUUCCGAAAUUACAUACUUUAUGAGGAGUUUGUGACUGAAUUAUAAAAUGAUGGUGCGACUUGUACUUGUUCAGAACAGAUUGUCUGUGCAUGUAAUUAGUUUUUAUGUGUCAUGGUUGUUUUUUUUAUAUACCUGAGGCACGAUAUGCAAUAUACAGAGUAUUUUUUAGCAUUAACUGUGGGGACCUGCAGAGACCCUAUCAAUUUUUAAGUAAUUUAUAAUAAUUGAAAUGUGAACGUUACAGAUCCACAGUAUAAUAAUAAUUAUCAGGUAGUUGUUUCCAAUAAAGGUAUGGCAAUUUGGGUAUAUAUGGAAAGAGACUUAGACAAGCUUAUACACUCACCCGACUUCACCUGCUGCCUUGACAGAGGAGUGGAAUGGUUGACUUAAUAUAGUGAUCCGCCGAGUGAAUGUUAUUGUUUAUGUUCCUGAUGUCUUUAAGUAGCUGUUUGAUUUAUGUUCCUGUUCCCGAUGUAAAUAAAUCCUAUAUUCUGUUACAGGACUUGUGAAGGUGGAAGUAGGAGAUGUUAUUUACCAUUAAGAUUUAGGUCUGCUCUAGGAUAAAUCCCUCAACAAAAUAUACCAGUUGUAUUACAGAGCACAAAUCAAGCUAUUCUUGAGACUGCUCAAAUUUUUCAACACACCUUUUUAUUACCAUGGUCACCCAAAUCAGGAAAUUGUAGCCUUUGGACACUAAAGGCAACACAGCUACAAGUUGUGAUGGGUUUUGUGUAUAUUACAGACUAUUUCUACCCUAUCCAGAACACUUGAUUCCUCUUGCCUCAUCAAUUGGAAGGAUGUUAUGCUGUUUCCUUCAGUCUAUCUCACCGUUUGAUGACGAAUCACGAAUUCUGGAUUUAUUUACAUUAUGGAUAGUACAAUAUUUAUUACAUACCUCAAAGUAAAAUUAACAUAUAUAUUAUCAUGAAAGACUUUUUAAUUCUUUAAAUAAUCUAAUAUAUUACAUAUCAUUCCUUAUAAAUAUAUAUUGUAUACAUGUGCAUGAAAAUAUGUUAAAAGCAAAAUAUUCUGAGCAAUCAUCAAUCCUAGCAUUUUUAAAUAUAUUCUUAAAAAUCUAUCUACAAUAAAUAAAAACUUAAAAUUAUCAACCAUCAAACCGAUUUAGGAAUUAUUUAUCAAAUAAGUAGAUCAACAAUAAAUUGUAUUAUUGUAAAUGGUUUAGUACAUUAUCUGUAUCAGAUUUCAUUUCUAACAGAACAGUGAAUGACAAAUAAAAUAAAGUUUUUAUCACUAA